AUGACCCGUGGCUGCAUCCCGCAGGACUCCCCCUCCUGUCCUCUGCUCUUUACCAAGCAGAAGCCUCCAGCCCAGGGCCCAGGUGGGGACAUGUCCCCUGCCAUCGUGUUGGCCUUCCUGCCACUGGUGGUGACAUUGUUAGUGCGGUACCGGCACCACUUCUGGCUGCUGGUGCGCACAGUCUUGCUGAGAAGCCUUCGAGACUGCCUGUCAGGGCUACGGAUCGAGGAGCGGGCCUUCAGCUAUGUGCUCACCCAUGCCCUGCCUGGGGACCCUGGUCACAUCAUCACCACCCUGGACCACUGGAGCAGCCACUGUGAAUACCUAGGCCACAUGGGGCCUGUCAAAGGCCAGGUCCUGACGCGGCUGGUGGAAGAGAAGGCCCCUGUCUGUGUGCUGGAGCUGGGCACCUACUGCGGAUACUCCACGUUACUUAUUGCCCGUGCCCUACCUGCUGGUGGCCGCCUUCUCACUGUGGAGCGAGACCCACGCACAGCAUUAGUGGCUGAAAAACUCAUCCGCCUGGCUGGCUUCGAUGAGAGCACGGUGGAGCUUAUUGUGGGUAGCUCAGAGGAGGUGAUCCCAUGCCUGCGAACCCAGCAUGGCCUGAGCAGAGCAGAACUGGUGCUCCUGGCGCACCGGCCCCGGUAUUACCUGCGGGACCUGCAGCUCCUGGAGGCCCAUGCCCUGCUGCCAGCUGGUGCUACUGUGUUGGCUGACCAUGUGCUCUUCCCUGGUGCACCCCGCUUCCUACAGUAUGCCAAGAGCUGUGGCCACUACCGUUGCCGCCUCCAUCACACUAGCCUUCCAGACUUCCCUGCCAUCAAGGAUGGCAUAGCCCAGCUCACCUACGCUGGACCUGGCUGAGGUCCAGGCCCAGGGUUACUUACUGCUGUCCCCCCACCCCUGCCCAACCAAGACUUUAGAACAUCCCCUCCCC